AGCAGUGUUUACAAAAUGUUGGGCCAAGUCGUGGUCGAAGGUCAGGCUGCUCAACCCCAGCGGUUGUUAACUUUGAACUGUCGCCACCGUUUAAAAAUCAGUGAGCCUCACAGCGAGCAGAGGCGGAGUUCUGUGCACACGGCGGAUAACAGGCACAGUGGGAGAAGACUGAAAAAACACAGAGGGAACGAGGUGGAAACGAAGCAUCUGCAGCCUUCAGACUCUGGCACGAUGGAGCUCUAUCUCGACCUGCACUCACAGCCCUGCCGCUCCGUCUUCCUGUUUGCCAAAGUGAACGGGAUUCCCUUUGAGCUUAAGUUUGUGGACCUCACUGCAGGGCAGCAGUACAGUGAGGAGUUUGGUAAAAUCAGCAUCAUAAGGAAGAUUCCUGUUAUGAAGGACGGAAGCUUCAUUCUGACUGAGAGUGUUGCGAUCCUGAAGUACAUGGUGCAAAAAUAUUCAUCGUCAGUGGCAGAUCACUGGUAUCCGGCUGACUUGCAGCAGCGAGCUCGUGUUAAUGAAUACCUGUCCUGGCAGCACAUGAACCUCAGAUCUCACGGAUCAAAGGUCUUCCUGCUCAGGACUCUGUUUCCUAUCAUCAUGGGCUCUGAGGCUCCGAAGGAGAAGAUGGAUGCUGCUAUCGAGGACCUGAAUCAGUCACUCAACCUGCUGGAGGAGAAAUUCCUGCAGAACAAACCGUUUAUCGUCGGUGACAAAAUCUCUCUGGCCGAUCUGGUGGCUGUAGUUGAGAUCAUGCAGCCUGUUGGAAGUGGCCUGGAUGUGUUUGAAGGACGGCCGAAGCUGGGCGCCUGGAGAGGGCGUGUGAAGAAGGAGCUUGGUGAAAAAUUGUUUGACGAAGCCCACGAGGUAACCAUGAAGGUCAGCAGCCUGCCGCAGAGGAUGCAGGGCCAGCUGGAGAUGCUCAAACCAAAGUUGCAGAAGCUUUUCAAAUGAAGAGGCUUUUCUGUACUGAGAUAAUACAACUGUUAUUAAUGUUUGAUGAUUUUUAUUACAAUUGUCAUGAAGCAAAGAGAAGCUGCUCGUUUAGCCAGCUUACACAUAUUGAACUGUUUGGUAAGCUGUGCAGCUCUUUGUCAACAUUGUGCCAAACCUCUUUAAUGAUUUAGGUUAAGACUCAUGUUAAGUUCAUUCCUUCCUUCCUCGAAAUUAAACAUAAUUUCGCUUUGACCAGAAAAAAAUAAGUUUUUAUUUCCAUGCAGUAAAUUACGGUAUGAACAAAGUCUAGAAAUGUACAAAAUGCUAACUAUGGAUCUCUGGGAAUAAUUGUCAGGAAAAAAAUGAGGACAAAUGUGCUUUAUAACAACUUAUUGUAUAUUUUUUUCUGCUGAUCUUUUGUGAAUUAGAAUUCAUGAUCCCUAUGCCAAAACAUGAAAAUGAUGCUGAUCAGAAUUUUUUUUAUGAAUAAACAAAUUUGUCUAUUGUUAAA